AGCUCCAGUAGAGGCAUCAAACCUGACAGAAGAAGAAGCAGCAGGAGGUUUCCGCUGGGAGUUAGGGCUGCUAAAGGAAAAGAAAGGAGACCAGCUAACGAUGCUGUCUGUAAAGGUCCUGCGUAGGUUACGACCUUGUGUUGCUCCUCAGUUUGUCAGGAACAGUCUGUCCGUGUUCCCGCACCGACCCUCGCCGUUGUCCUUGUCCUGUUUCAGCGGAGUGAAGCGGAACCAGCUGACGGUCAGAAAGCCGUCCGUGCUUCUGAACACGCCGCCGGCCCUCAGUGCAUCCACCCGUUUUCUGUCCACGGCCCCCCCCUCAGAGGAGGAAAACCUCAUCUAUACUGGCAGCCUGGGUUUAGCUGUGCGGGGGGUGAAGAUGUUCUCCUACAGCACCAGUGCAGCAAGCCUCUUCCUCAUGCCACAAAUACUCCUGAAAACUGGACUAGGGGUCCAGACCUUUGCCUUGCAGGUAGCUUACUGUGGAAUCAUUGGCUUCUUCACCUUCCUCACACCCGUCCUCCUUCACCUCAUCACCAAGGGUUACGUGAUCCGCCUGUACCACAACCCAGACAGAGACAUCUAUACAGCAGUCACGUACAGCGUGUUCCUCACCGAAAAAAAGAACGUGUUCCAUCAGAGCCAGGUGACGAUCCCGGCCGUCAGCAAGAUGUUCACUACUUUCUAUGCUGGCCAGGUGGGGCUCCUCGUAAACCCAGACAUGUUCCCCGUCCCCCACGACUACAAUCAUCUGAUGGGCUACGAUAAACCCUUCAGUUUCAGCACAGCUGACAUGGACCAACCCGACAAGAGCUGAGACUGUACCGUAAGCAGGCAGAGUGCAGGGUUGUGUAUCGAAUACACCCACAACUCCAGAGUGCACUGCUCGUAGUCUGUUUCUACCAGAGAGAAACACUGAUGGACAACAAUGCAACCAAAGCCAUGUUUCUGCUAGACUUCCAUGUUUCCAGUAUACUGAUGGUAAUUUAGUGUUAAUAAAUUCCAGUUUUAUUGUCCUGA